AUGGCACCUCAUCACCUGAUGCAGAGUGGAGACCACGCCUUGCAUUCUAUGUGUCCAUCCCCUACUCAUGAUGGCAUUGUCAGUAAGAAAGCUGCUGAGUCAUUAGCUGAUCCAGAAAAAUACCCUAAUUUGUUUGACGACUGGGAUGUUUCUCUUUCCCUUGAAGCAGAAAGUGGAAAAAACAGGUGCAAUUAUCCUCCUACUGAACUGUACCCAAUCUAUGCUCAGAAAUCAACCACCAACCUUCUUGAGAAGUUUAAGAGCAUGCAAAUUGAUGAAAAUGAUGAUCCAACUGAAAAUGGACUGCAUGAUCAUGAGGAGACUCUGGGGAACGAGGAAAAUCAUGGACAAGAAGCUGUGGUUGAAGAGGAUGCUAGUUCCACAAAUGGUAUUGUUAUUUUAGAUAGUAAGGAGGAUGAAGAAGAAUUGGGAGCAAAGGAUGAGAAUAGUUCACCACAAAAAUUGGAAGUUAAAGACGAGAGCACUUCAGCAGAUGAAUUGGAAGCAAAGGAUGAGAACACUUCACCAUCCUAAGGUGAUGCUUUGCUGAAAGUAUGAUGGUAUCCCCUGGAUUAAAUUGUUUUGUUGGACUUUUUUUUCCUUUCCCUGAAGCAAGAAUAGUAGAUAUUAUUGGUUCUUGUUGUCAUUCUGGUCGUUUCCUCUUAUACUUUGUUAUGGAACUAUCAUUAUGUUCACUAUUUUUUUUUUCUAAGUCAAUUUUUUUUUUCAUCUUCACAAGUCUAGCCAUCUCUUCUUUAGCAGGGAUCAAGAUUUUGAUUUAUCUAGACACUGGUUUUCGUGUGUUCAAAUUUCCUUAAUUAUUUGUUUAUCUACCAUGCAUGUUUUCCUUGUGAAUAAUAUCUAGAUAUUUUUUGUGGUGCGGCAAAUAUUAUAUUUACAUCUAAACUAUGAUUAAUUAUUAAUGCUAGAUAUACGACAGUUUCCACACUUGAUGCAUUUUAUAUGUGCAAUACUUGUUUCAAG